AUGCUCAAGCACAUCAAGCCGCAGUUUUCGCAGACGGUGUUGCUCCCAAACGUGUACAACAACCCUUCGCAUACGCCGGAGGGACUGACGAUGACGAAGGAUGAGCUGCAGGCCGAUUUUGAUCGGUUCUAUGAGGACUUCUUCAUCGAGCUGUGCAAGUACGGUAACGUGCAGGAGAUGCACGUGUGCGACAACAUCGGUGACCACCUCGAGGGCAACGUCUACGUGCGGUACGAGUGGGAGGCGGAGGCGAACAAGGCGGUCGAGCAGCUCAACAACCGGUGGUACGGCAUGCGACCGCUGCACGCCGAGCUGUCUCCCGUCAGCGACUUCCGCGAAGCAUGCUGCCGUCAGAACGAGCUCGGCGAGUGCAAGCGAGAAGGGUGA